CACCCAAUCAGAGAUUGCACUGCAGGAGCUGGCGCGCGGACCACAACGGGGAAACAAGUAGCGUGGGGAUAACCACUAAUGACGCUCUCUUCCAUGGGAGAGAUCAGUUGGCUAUCUUCUUGUAAAUAUAAUAUUCACACCUCGAGUCUGGCUACUCAGUUUACAUAUCAACAAGCUCUUCUCGCGUAGUAUCUUUGGAAGCAGCCAACGAUCACCUCCCCCUUUUAGACUCCAGCUACCUCAUCGUUGACUCAUAACCACCAAAUGCUUCCGUCUCAUCUGACACUUGAUCACCCCGCGCAUAUAACUAUACCACUCUCUGCUCAGCCUCGUAGCUCGGUUUCUCCUCGUCCACGACCCUCCCUCCAGUAGAUCUCUCGAUGCCCAAAAAGCGCACACCGGUAUACACGCAGACGAAACCGAACUACGUCCACCCGUCUCUCCAGAGCUCUCGCUCAUCGGCAGCAGCGCUGUCGUCCCCAACAACCCCACAAACGGUCAACGAACGCAUACAACAGCUCCGUCGCGAAGCUGCCCCGCGCACGACCACAGAGCGCAGAGAUGAAAUCACGGAGGUAGUAACUCAGCGAACUGCUCCGCCGGAGAUACGGCGCAUACUGCACAUGGCCGAGCUCGAUGCUCCCUCCCCAAAACCCGGCUCCUCACGUUCCAUGAGAGCAUCGCGACAAGGUGCUCGACCUCCGCCAGGCCCUGCCGCACCGAGUAGUUGGCUUCAUGCGAGCAUACAUGCUCCGGCGCAUAUAAGGAAGGCAAAUGUCAGGAAUUCGGAACUGGAUAGACCAUCUAAAUUCUGCCAUUUGGCGAAUGUGAAUGACGAGGAGUUCAAGCGGUUACCACCGCCCCGGAGUCUGGUUCAUCAUUGCCUGAAGACUUUCGCUCUCCAUUGGGAAGAACUGGCGGAAUACGAACAGCAUUACCUGCCUACGCUACCUGUUGCGUUGAAAGAGACGCUACUUAGCUACCUGACCCUUUAUGGCGGGAAAGAUUGUCUAGAUUUAUCGACGUUCAAGAUCCUAUUUGGAAACAGCGAUGAAGUGGACGCCGACAGCGGUAUGGAAAGUGUACAUUUCCUCGAUUUCACCGGGCUGCUCAAUCCAGAUUAUACACUAAGGGACCUGGAAAAGUCUCUAACACAUUCUUUCAAUAAAUUCGACACUGGAGAAUCCAUUGCCAGUCUAAAACUCAAUGACACCCAGUCGAAUCAUCAGUCCGACGAGAUCGCAGACUCAUGGGAGGACGAAGUUGAUUCCACAGCUCCACUCCCCCGGACUCUCAAUAUCCCCAUCUUCACAAACCUUACGCGGCUCUCCCUCGCCCACGCAGGCUCCACCGCAUCAUGGGCGGACCUCCUCUCGCUCUCCAAGAAGCUCAACACCUUAACCCACCUCUCCCUCGCAUACUGGCCCAUCCCCUCCAUGACCCCCAACGCAACAACCACCUCGAUGGUAUCUAAGGGACACCGCCCCGUAGCCAUGGGCGGCCGGCACUUCUACUCUACGCUCGACGACGACUGGGCCGAAGCCGCCAACGUGCUCCGCCGCCUCUCACACAACACGUACUGCCUGAAAUGGCUCGACCUCGAAGGCUGCAAGUGGCACAAAGCACUCACCUGGGACUACCCAGAGAAACCGGUGUCCAGAACACCUGCCGGGGCCACCUCUGCCGCCGUCUGGGUCCGCCCCUCCGUGGCGUCCCCCGGCCCCGACUGGGCCGGCGCCUGGCGCCAGAUAUCCUACCUCAACCUCUUCCAAGGCUGGAUCCCAACCGACAGCCAGAGCCUGGUGUCCCUCCCCGCGGGCACGACGGCCGUGCAAUUACUAGGCUGGCUGCGCGAGCACAAGAACGACCCCCGGUACCAGGACAAACUCAAAGCCGGGGCGCCGCCCGGAUGCAGCGUCCUGGGGUGGCUGAACGGGGAGAAGAUGGCGAAGACGGUUGGGUCGGAGAUUAUGAAGCAGAGAAAAGCGAAGAGGGCGGGCGCGUAUUGCUUUGUUGAUCAUGGGUGGGAACCCAUCGUUCUCACGGGCACGGGGACGAAGAAGAAGAAGAAGGAAGGGGAGGGGGGAGAAGGAGCCGUAGGGAAUAACUAGGAGAAUUGGACGGGGAUCGUUGGGUGAAGGUAGAUAGUAUAUCAAUUCAUACCAUAUCCC